AUGUCCUUGACGGAACGAAUUGCCAGCGCUUCCGCGGACUUUACAUUAAACAUAUUGUCAAGUUCUCCCAAAGUUGAAAAUAGCGGCAAUAAUGACUCGACUAAUUUGUACAUUCAAGAUGAUGAAUCAGAUUUAUCCGAAGAAGAAAUGGAAUUACUUGAUGACGACGGCUUCAUCGAUUCUGAAGAAGAACAAGAUCUAUCUUUAAAUGAUAUUGAUAACGAACCUUACGGGAGAUGUGUUUGUAGCCGUCCAUUUACCUCCAAAUUAUGGUGUCCGGAUUGUCAAAGGGAUAUUUAUAAACAAAAAAAAUGGUUAACCGAUAAUCCAAUUAUAGAAGCUAAUUUAAGGAUAUUACAGGACAGAGUCCAUUGUCCUUUUUGUACGCUGGAUUUCAUAGAUUACAAAGCAGGAUUUAAAAAUGUUGAGAAUAUUGGCAAAAAUUUGACAGCUGAACCCUUAUUCUCAAAGAUUGGUUUCAAAGAAAUCUCUGGGGCCGAUCCAACUCGCGUUUUCUUGAAGGAUAUCGGAACCACGAAUUGUUGCAAAGAUUAUUUGAACGAAAUCUCGUGCGCAGAUUGCCCAUAUGAAUUAGGAAACCUACUUCCUUACUACGGGGUUACUCAGAAUCAGGAAAACCAAAUUUACUUGGUCAUGCCUUACGUCCCUAAUGGUAGUUUACGAGAUUAUCUGAGAAAACCCGAGAAUCACCAAUCCUUCCCAUGGUUUCUUAGAUUAGCUUUUCUCCACAAUCUAGCCGAGGCAAUAGCGGGACUUCACGAUAAACAGAUUGUGCACAAGAAUCUUCACCCGAACAAUAUACUAAUCGGAAAAAACAUCGAAUCACCUGUUAUUUCGGAUGUUGGGUUGUCCACUUCCUUGUCGGAAAUUUUCGGGGUAUUGCCAUAUAUUGACCCAUCAACGUAUGCGAGUGACUAUGGGAAGGAAUCGAAUGUUUACAGCUUUGCAUUCGUCAUGUACGAAGUGGCUACCUUCAACCUACCUUUUUCGAAUGUGGCUCAUGACGAAAGCUUAGCCGAACAAAUUGUGAAUGGAUUAAGACCCAGUAUUCCAGAGGAAGUUCCAAUUUACUUCGAAGAGUUGAUGAAGAUGUGUUGGGACGCACAACCGACUGAACGACCAACCAUGAAGCAAGUGUCAAACAUACUUAAAUACUGGAGAAAUCAUCAAAUUGUUCCAAAUUUCCACGCGACAAUUUCUUGUGAGUUUAGUGCUGAUGGGAAAGAAGACACCACGUUGUUUGAUUCAUUUCAAAAUGCGCGAAGUUACCCAAUGACUGAUUCCGAAAUAUCUAAAGGAUACGACACGAGAGCAUUCGAUUGCAGUCGACAGUAUUCGUUUACCUCAGAGUUUAAAUGUAAGCCUAAAAAUCAAACCAAGCAUCAGCAAAAACCUCGUAACGAUCCCAUCAAGAAAUACAUCAUCCCUUACGAAGGACCCCUUAUAUUUCGGAAUGAUAGCGGCGCGCCUGUUCAAAACAUCGUAUCAUGCUCCAACUGUAACAUUAAUCAACAUAAUCCUACAUGGUGGUGCAACACCUGCGAAACGCUGAGAUUGCGUGAUAAAUUCGGUAGCUGGACGAGUGGAAAUAAAUAUAUUGACAAAUUCAUUCAAUAUACACAAAUGUUAGCACCAUCCCGCGAAGGAUGCAUGGAAUGGAUACCUUUCAGCGAUCUUGAAGUCACUCGACAAGUCGGUCAGGGUGGAUUUAGUCGAGUGCUACAUGCUGUUUGGAAUAGUGGGCCGAUGGUCAAAUGGAAUAAACAGAAGCAAGCGUACGACAGAAAAAAUAAUGUUGAUGUGGCAUUAAAGCAAUUAAAAGAUUCCCAAAAUAUCAACUGGGGUUUUUUUCAAGAGUUGAUUGCGCAUCUUCACUGUGAAAGCAAAAAUUUUGUCCUCAGAUGUUAUGGGAUAACUCGGGAUCCUAAAUCUAAGGAAUACAUUAUGGUCUGUGAUUAUGCUAGGGAAGGAAAUCUUCGAGAAUACAUUCAUAAUAAAUUUGACCGAAUUACUUGGUUGGAGAGAUAUGAACUUCUCCAAAGCAUUGCCAAUGGACUAGAAAGGAUUCAUGAUGAAGGAUGGGUUCAUCGAGAUUUACACACCGGAAAUCUUCUGCUUGAACCGUGUUCCGUCAGUGAGAAAAUCGUCAUCGGAGACUUGGGAAUGUGCAAGCCAGCAAACUAUAUUCGGGACGGUUGGAGGCCAGGAAUUAUGGAAAAUGCACCUGAAUCUUAUGUCGAAUUGAUGUGGAGAUGUUGGGAAAGUGACCCAAAGAAAAGGCCAAAUAUCAAUGAAAUUUCCACCACCUUGACCUUCAUGAAAGACGUCGAACUUGUUCGUCUUUAUGCCAAUGAAUCAUAUAUGUGGGAAUUUCCACAUGAUAGUGAUGGGAAUGAAAAUAACAACGAACGCUUGGAUAAGGGAGGCGGCAAAAAUUUGAACAAGGAAUAUGUGAUCAAUAGCGAGGCCUUCUAUACCAGCAGAAUUUUUAGCAUGUUGGAAAUCGAGAGAGACUUGGAAAAUUUAGACCUGGUUGAUAGCGACAAAGACCUGAUCCCCGAGGAAAUUUCGAUAAUGACGUUGAGUCAACUUGAACUCAUUUAG